CACAGAGGUGAGCCCAGUUUCUGAACCAGCUGCCUUGUUAUUGGGACUUCUACAACCUUUCCGCUGCUGUUUUUAAUUUUUACAUUUUAUAAGAUCUGGAAAAAUACAUAUUUACUCGAACGUUAUGGCUUCAGGUGUCAGCUGCUCCUCACCCCUGUGGCAACAACACUUCGCCCUCCAUGUGCUAUGAGGAGUCGUCGGGCCAUCUCGCUGUAAUUAUCAUCCCUGGUCUGUUGGGUCUGAGCACGGUGUUGGUGGUGGCCUUGAUUUUCUACAAUCUUCACAAGAACAAGAAAAGAGUACAGAGCAUGUCGACUCAUUCUGGCCAGACUGCAGAUUCUGCCAGCACUCCCUGGGAACUCCCUGAAGAGUCUGUUCUUGAGGGACUAGAGUUUUGGCAGACGGGUCGCUAUGGCCCAAUUUGUAAAGGUCUGCUGAAGAAGAGAGAUGGAGCCUCUUAUUCUGUGGUGGUUAAGUCCCUCCGAGAUGGCACCAACCAGCCCGAAGUGAAGGAGUUUGUGGACUGGGUCGUCUUCCACGCCACAGUGUGUAAACAUGAGAACGUGGUGCGGAUGUUGUACUGUCAGACCAAGCGCCUGCCCAUGUAUCUGGUCUUAGAUGCCUGCAACCCAGGGAACCUCCUUCACUUCCUCUGGACACUCAGAAAUGACAGUGCAGCAGAUUCAUCUCUGAACUUGUCUGAGAAGUCGGUGUUUCUGGUGGCGAGGCAGGUUGCAGCCGGCCUGGAUUACCUGAUGUCGGCGCACAGGCUGGUGCAUGGCGAUGUUGCUGCCAGGAACAUCUUAAUCGGGCCGGGCCUCUCGGUCCAGGUGUCCGGGCUGGGCGUGGCAUUUGAAGGGCGAAAAAUUGAUUCAGCAGCGAGGCAGAGGGCGGCAGAGGUGCCUCUCAAAUGGCAGGCUCCAGAGAGGAUUGUGAUGCAGCUCAGUAUCGACCGGAGCGACGUAUGGUCAUUUGGAAUCUUGCUGUAUGAACUGAUUACGUUAGGCGCUCCUCCGUACCCUGAGCUGGAGCCUCUGUCUGUCCUUUCGAAGCUACACGGGUCUUAUCGAAUGAAGAGACCAGAGAACUGUGGAGGACCUUUGUACGAUCUGAUGAAGUAUUGCUGGAUGUGGAGCUUCAAAGACCGACCUACAUUCUCAGCCAUCAUGAAGCUGCUGGAGUCCUCGCUGCACCUGGCAGCUACUGAACCCAUUUGUAUUCCUGAUCCCAUUGACGUAUUUGAGUAUAACGAAAAGGCAGGGUUGCUCUCAUAGGCUCGUACCAAACAUGUCAGCACCCACGAAUAAGGCAUAUAAAGUGUGAUGAUACCUCAGAUUGCAAUUUCACAUUCACUCAUACAUAGAGCUGGUUUAUUUGUAACCUUUCAACAAGUGACAAAUAAUUAUGUAAAUUGGUAUUUUUACAGUCAAGCAUCAUCCGAGUCAUUUUAUUAUCAUGUUUAAUGUCAACAAUGGGCAGAUCUGUUAAUAUUCAUUGGGUUCUUUUAUCUUCUUUAUCACUGGACAAAAGUACAGUUUUUGUAUCUCCUGGUGUGCAUACAUUCCUGUAGAUUUACAGAAUGAAAAUCAAAAUACCCACACAGGAAAGCUCAAUGCACUGCUGAAUAAACUGGAGUGGAUGUG